UCAGUGCUGAGGCAGAAAGAAAAAAGUCAGUAGAGGAGUUGAGACCAGACACAAACAGAGCAACGUCCAGAUCUUCACACGCAAAACUUUUUCUUUUCACAAAGCUACUCUCGCUGAGCAUCGCCUCGCGCAGCCGAUGCUACACAACUUUACAGAAAUCAGGAUAAAGUGUUAAACUUGACAGGAUGACUUUUUGCUGGUGUGUCGCGCUCCUGCUGCCUCUGCUGAUAUCGGCGCAGAAUCACGAGGACGACGGACAAGCCGCCCCGAGGCAUACAUCCUGUGAGCCGAUCACCAUUCCCCUGUGCACGGACAUAUCCUACACAGAAACCAUCAUGCCCAACUUACUGGGCCACAACACCCAGGAGGAAGCAGGACUGGAGGUGCGCCAGUAUGACCCUCUUUUAAAGACAAAGUGCUCGCGGGAGUUGAAGUUCCUCCUGUGCUCCAUGUACGCGCCCGUGUGCACCGUCCUGGAGGAAGCCAUCCCUCCCUGCAGGUCCCUCUGCGAGAGAGUCAAGCAGCGCUGCGAGAAGCGCAUGAAUAAGUUCGGCUUCCAGUGGCCGGACCGGCUGAACUGCGAGAGCUUCCCCGACGGACAGAUCUGUGUGGGCCAAAACAACUCCCCUGACACCGGUGGCAGGGGUCACAGGACAGCACGUCCUGUCGUGGACGUGCUGGGGACCCAGAACUGUGUCCAGGCGCAUACAACGCCCUCAAACCCCACGAGCUCAGACGUUCUCUGGACUUAUCCCCCUCCUCAUACGUCGCCCGCGGCCUGAGAGCUAAGCGCAUAGCAACUCGAUUGUAACCACAUAGAUAAUGCUUCUCGCUUUAAGGCAAGCCGUUUGAGCGUGUAUACUAUAUCCUUGAUAUCACAUGUCUGUCCCCUCCACUAGUUCGGUCUUUGUCAGCACCAGUUGAGAAUUACAUCAUAAUAGUUGAACCAAAACUCUAACUACUCCCUAUUUUUCUGCAACUAUAGUGGCACUUUUGAUCAACUAGUUACAAUAGAAACUUUACUAGAAACACUGUGCGCCACACUUGUAGCACCAACGUCCCUACUAGUUGGCUUUGGGCCACAAUAGUGGCCCUCUGGACCGAACUAGUAAUGUUGAAAGUUUUACUAGUGAACUAGUGAGCUGCAAAAGCUCUGACAUGUUAGCUAGUCAAACAUGGAUUCAGCUCACUAGUAGUAGUAACUAUUGGACUACCAUUUUCUGCACUAGUUGAACUGGUGGGACCCAAAUACCCACUAGUUAACUAGUUAAUUAUAUUUUGGCCUUACUAGUUAACUAGUGAGGCUCAACAUGUUUACUAGUUAACUAGUGAGGUCCAAAUAUCCACUAGUUGAACUAUCGGAAUGUGCACUAGCUUACUAUUUGAAGUGUCUUUGACUUUACUAGUUGAACUAGUGAAAAACAAAAUUCUUACUAGUUGCACUAGUUGCACUAUAUGCUAAUGAUGAGUAUGGUGAAAGGGCAUACGUUGAACCUUCCUAUUGGCUCUCCAGCAAGAACUCCACCCAGCGAAAAUGUAUCCCUAUAAACCUUUAUGAGCUCUCACUCUUGUACACCGCCAGCUCCUUGCUUACUAUCCAUACUGAAUAAAGCAUCAAAAUGUGUGUGUGUGUGUGUGUGUGUGCGAUCGAUUCAUUAUUUUUUUUUCUAACCACAACAACAAAUUCACUGCCUGGUUUUUCCUUUUUGGCUUUUAAACAAUGAAACACAAAUCUAUGUCAUCAUUUUCUGUUGUGAGUGAGUAAAACAGAAGAGCAGCUCCUCAUCUUCAUUGCUUCUUCUUUCUUUCCUUUCAACACGGUCACAUGAAAAAAAUGUUAUCAACAGAAAUACAACAGAAGGAGGUGCCUUCUCUCUAUUUCAAAUAUAGCCCCCUCCUCAUUAAUGUUUUGAUAUUAAAAGUUGUUUGUAGUCCCAGGACUUGGGAGCCUCGGAAGUGGCCAUUGAUCAAAACAUGCCUCUAUGACAAUCCCACAUCAGUAGAGUGCAUAUCAAUUGUAUUUUGCUGACUUUACAGGCUUCUUACUUUUUCUUUCACUGUUGUUACAAAGAUGAUUGAGCCGAAGGUGCAGAAAUGAUCCAAAUACAUGAAUAUUCCAUUGUAGGCCUACUGAAGGUAAUGUGCUAUUAUAUUAUUAACGACUAAUCUGAAUUAUGUUUGGAGGUCAGUGUUUGAGGGCUGCUGCCUCAUUUACUAUCGCCAGGAGGUGGCAGUACAAAAUGAUCUGAGUAGCUUUUCUUUAAUUUUUUUCAUUUGCAAACUUGUCAUAUACAAACAAACGAGGCAAUGACUAAAUACGUGAUAACAUAAUGUGUUCACUUACCAGGAAUUACACAAAAUCUGAAAACAUCCAGAACAUCAUUUGACACAUCUAAGGAUGACAUCCAUUUACUGUGUCAUAACAUAUGAGCACCUAUGUAAAUAUAGAUUUUCUUAUUAAUGGGCUUCCAUUUUUUAACUAUGCACCAACAUUUUGGAAUUCCCAACCCAAUGCCCUAUGCGAUGCAAGCUAUGUGAAUAUGUUUAAUUGGCAAUUAAAAAGUUAUUAAUUA